CCCGUCACAUCUUCUUCAGCCCUAUAUACCCUUGCUUGCCUCUUGUUUUCGCAGGAGUACUCUUUCCACACGAAUACUCACCAUGGGUUGGUUUUGGGCAGACACCGCACCCGCUGCACCUGCUGCACGUGUUGCGCCGCACGCCAUGCCUCGAGGCAGCAUGAGCAGUAUGGAACCUCCACCAGAAUGCCCCAUGCACAAGAAAGCCGUCCCGCCCGUCGUCGCCGAAAAGAAGACACCUGCGGGCGCCUGCCCAUACGUCCCACCUGAGAACGGCUCUCCCAGCGCCUCCUCCCCACCACCAAAGCAAGGCCUCCUCUCGCGCCUCAACCCGCUCAAUAACAUGUUCUCCGAACUCUCCAACGAACGCGCAUCCACCCAAUCCGUCAAUCUCCCCCUCGAGCGCGAAACCUCCACCAUCCCCAAAGGCGACGGCUCCCUCUGGGAGUACCCCUCCCCACAGCAAAUGUACAACGCCAUGCUCCGCAAAGGCUACACAGACACGGACAUUACAGCCGUAGAAAGCAUGGUCGGCGUACACAACUUCCUCAACGAGGGUGCGUGGGCCGAGAUCAUGGGCUGGGAGCGGCGUUUUUCGCGUGGUCUUAAAGAGGGAUAUGAGAUAUGCAAGCAGGGCGAGGAAGUCGCUAAUUUCAAACUGGGCACGCAUGAGGAUCCGUUUGAUACGACGACUUGGGAUCACAGGGAUGUUCAGCCCCCGAAGCUACUUAGGUUUACGGGGCGCCCGACGGAACCUACGCCCAAAGCAACGAUUAUGCAAUGGCUCGGCUACGUCAUGCCUGAGAAAUUCGGUACUGCGCCGCCGUUUGACCGCCACGAUUGGUUUGUGGAGCGCUGCAACGAAAAAGGAUGCAAAGAAAUUCGCUACGUGAUUGAUUACUACGAGGGUGCGCCCGAGGCAUCGGAGGCGUCGGGAGAGGAAGACGAACAACCAGUAUUUUACCUCGAUGUUAGGCCCGCGGUUGAUGGGCCGGUGAGUGCAGCUGAGAGGUUGAUUCGCACGGGCACGGAUGUUUGGUGGAGGGCUAGUGGGGGUGUGGCGCGCGAGUUGAAGAAGUUGGAGGAGGAGAAGAGGAGGAGGGAGGAGGAGUGGGCGAGCAAGAGUAGGCGGUAUAAUUAGUUUGGGCAUGGUUCGGAUGGAGUAGGUGUGAUGCAUUGCGCGGCGUUUAUGGGUUGGGAGCUUUCCCGCUGUACGGUUGGGUUUGUAUGAGAUAUGGCUUUGUCGGUGGACUGACGACUUGGGCUGGAGAGCCUUUUUUUUUGGAGACUUGUUCUGUUACGCUGGUAUGAUUCUCUACUCUAGCUCUCAUUCUUGUUGUAGUAUUCUUUCAGCUGGGUUACGGAUAAAUGACGCUCAUCUUGAAUGCCAAUCUGAUUACUCUUGGUUUUUCCAACUGAACAGAACACAUUAGUUAAAAAGAAAAAUCAUUUCCAGAGGUAUCUAAGGCAUGUAUAACACUCGCUCAUCCAACGUAAAUACCACGCGUACAACU